AUGUUAAGAAUUUUUGUCUUUAAUUUAUUAUUAAUCUGUCCUUUAGUUAAAGCUAGUAUAUCAUGCGACUUUAUAGACACAGUUAAUAUUACCGGUGGAUAUAAAGACUUAAACCAAAAUUUCAUCUAUAAAAGUGAAGUGUAUCCCCAUGGGACAUACCAAGAGUUUAGUUAUGUUGAGGAUUUUUUUAAAACAAGAGUCAGUGUUGAUCCACACAUUCGUGGAUGCAUCUGCAAUUUUAAGCCUUGCAUUAGGCUGUGUUGUCAAGGUGAUGAUAAAAAUAUUCCACAUUGCUCUGAAUCCACAAAAUUCACAGUUCUAAAUGAAGACAGUGAAGAAAAAACAAUCAAUCUUGAAGACAAUAAAUACGGUGUCUUAGUAGGACGAUCUUGUAAGGAUAUGUUUGAAGUAGAAAAUCAAACUCCUUGGAAGCUUCAAAAGAAUGGAUCAUUGCAAUCUUCUGACGGAUAUUUUGAUUACAAUAAAUUUUGUUUCGGUAUUUCAAAUGAAUCAGUAGCUGUGCCUUAUGCAUGCUUUGAAGAAGACGACAUGAGCGCACAUCACAGACAUGAAACGGAAUUGAUUGUUCAUACUGUUGGCAUGCUGAUUUCAAUCCCAUUUCUGAUCAUCACGUUCUUCAUCUAUGCAUUAAUUCCCGAGCUAAGAAAUCUUCAUGGAAAGUCGCUAAUGUGCUAUAUUUUGGCAUUGAUUCUUGUCAAUAGCUUGUUGCUGUAUGCAAAGCAUAAUAACAUUGAGAAAUUUGAAGCUCUUGUACUUUACUACAGCAUUUUUCUAACAUUCUUUUGGAUGAAUGUGCUUUGCUAUGAUAUUUGGAGAGUUUCAAGAUCAAAUAUUAGCAAUCGAUCACUUAGAGGAGAACAAAAGACAUUUUUGAAAUAUUGUUUAUAUGGCUUCGGAUGUCCACUUUUGAUAACAGUCAUUGCAGUUCUAAUCGAUCAUUUUAAACCUUUCCAUAAUGAUUAUCAUCCACUAUUUGGCCAGUUUGGACUUAUGCAUCAUAAUAAAAAGACAAAAGCUAUAUACGUCAAUAUUCCAAUCUUAAUACUCACAUUAGUAAAUGUUGUUUUAUUUGUGGACACAUCAAGAAGAGUUUGGAGCGCUUUAGAUUCAGGUAUUGACAAGAAAUCGGAUAAAAGGAAGGAAAUGUUUAGGAAAAGAUUCUCAAUUUGCCUCCGAUUGUUCAUCAUUAUGGGUGUGAUAUGGCUCAUGGAGUCAAUUAGCUUCUUCAGCACUGAUUAUUCUGAAAGAACAUCUUUUAAGCAUACAUUUUUUCAAAUUACUGACUUCAUUAGCUGUAUUCAAGGACUUUUAAUAUUUAUAGUUUGUAUCAGUGACAAAAGGACGAGAAAAUUGAUAACUAAAAGGUGUCGCUCACCAAAAUCAUCCACUGAUGACGGCAUCACCUAUGAAGCUGAUUUUGAGAACAACGAUGAAAGUUUGAAUGUAAUGGUUUACUAG